GGCCGCGUCAGGAGGAUGGUGCGGCUGGCGGCGGAAGUCCUGCUGCUCCUCGGACUCCUCCUCCUCACCUUACACAUCACGGUGCUGCGGAGCAGCCCGCUGGCCCCGGGGAACGACACCUGGAGCUCGGAGCAGAAGGAGCCUGCGCUGGAGGAGAACACGUUAAAUGCGAGAAGCAGCUCGGCUGACCAGCUGGCCCCUAAGGACCGGAGGUCUGGUACAGAGCAUCGGUCGGCCCGCCAGCCCGCCACCCUCCCCUGGGCACGCGGUGUGGGAGGAGGCCUACAGAGGGACGGCCCUGGAGCGUUCCUCCUAGACCUGCACAACUUCCCAGACCUCUCCAAAGCUGACAUCAACGGGCAGAAUCCCAACAUACAGGUGACCAUCGAAGUGGUGGACGGCUUCGAGGACCCCGAGCCAGAGAAGGGCCUCCACAAGGAGAGCAAACCCAAAACCAGCUGGAGAAACUGGUGGUCUCACUCGUCGUCCACCUCCUCCUCCUCAACCCCCCGUCAAACAGAGGAGCAGGAGCGCAGCUACGGGAGCAACGCUGAGGAUAGCAACUUCCUGCGGCCAUUGGGGGAAUGGGACAGGAGAGGAGGCGCAGGAGGAGGCAGCAAAGCUCAGAAUGAAUAUGACUAUAUUGAUGGGGACGGGGACUGGAGUAACUGGUCGCUUUGCAGUGUCACGUGUGGAAAUGGAAACCAGAAGAGGACCAGGUCCUGUGGUUACGCCUGCACCGCCACUGAGUCGCGCACUUGCGAUAUGCCCAAUUGCCCAGGAAUCGAAGAUGCCUUUAAGACGGCGGCCACUGAAGUGAGCCUGCUGGCCGGAACAGAUGAAUUCAAUGCCACGGAGCUCUUUGGUGUCGACACGGACAGCUGUGAGCGGUGGAUGAACUGCAAGAGCGACUUCCUGAAAAAGUACAUGACCAAGGUGGCCAACGACCUCCCCAGCUGCCCCUGCGCCUACCCGACCGAGGUGGCGUACAGCACGGCCGACGUGCACGACGCCACCGCCCGCCGGGACUUCCGCUGGAAGGACGCCAGCGGGCCCAAAGAGAAGCUGGAGAUCUACAAACCCACGGCGCGCUACUGCAUCCGCUCCAUGCUCACGCUGGAGUCCACCACGCUGGCUGCGCAGCACUGUUGCUACGACGACGGCAUGAAGCUGAUCACGCGCGGCAAGGGGGCCGGCACGCCCAACCUCAUCAGCACCGAGUUCUCGGCCGACCUGCACUACAAGGUGGACAUUUUGCCCUGGAUCAUCUGCAAGGGAGACUGGAGCCGCUACAACCAGGCCAGGCCGCCAAACAACGGACAGAAGUGCCCCGACAAUCCCCAGGAUGAGGACUAUUACAAACAAUUUGAGGAAGCCAGGGAAUUUUAG